ACAACCCUCUGAUGCGUGUGUUCAUAGCUUGGCACGCCACUUCCCUGGAACCGUUGCUGCUUCCAGUGUUUCCUCCUGAAGUCUUUGAUCACUACCCAGUCACCGGGCUUGAAGUGGUGUUGUGGUGCAUCAGCUGGCGUCUGCAGUACGGCUUUCCCCUGAGAGUGGAUAGCUGAGAGGGAGACUGAAAGACUUAUACAGUAGUUCAACAAAAGUCACAUACUUCAGGAUACUUGCUGCAGAGCUGACCUUCUAGGAAAGAGUUGGCAUUCCCAUGAGCAAUGGAGAAAAUCUAUGACAAUGCUGUUGAUGUCAAAACCCUAAGCUCAAGCUCAUCAACAAUACAAGAAGGUCCCAGGAGACUUCUCAGAGCGUCUGUUCUCGGUCUGGGGCUGCUGAGUGUUUUCCUGCUGGCUGGACUCAUCGGCCUCGCUGUCCACUAUCAUAACUCAGUAGGUGUUAGAGAUCAGCGGAUCAACCAGCUGGUGGACCGACUUCAGAGUUUGAUGGCAAAAACGUGUCCUGAAGGAUGGAGGAUGUUCGGUUGUUCCUGUUAUAACCUCUCUACUGAGAAAGCUUCUUGGGAACAAAGCAGAGACAACUGCAGAGCCAGAGGAGCACAUCUGGUGACCGUAGACAGUAAUAAAAAACAGAAAUUCAUCUCUAGCAAGAUCAAGGAAGCCACUUGGAUUGGUUUGAGUUACAGAGGAGAGGAGGGGACCUGGACAUGGGUGGAUGGAUCUCCACUGACCCUGACGUUUUGGGACGAAACACAGCCGGAUAAUGGAGAAGGGGAUCGAAAGAUUGGCGAAGAGGACUGUGUAAACAUCAGUCCCUCCGCCUGGUGGAACGGCUGGUCCUGUGAGGACCAUCUGCAUUGGAUCUGUGAGAAAGAAGCUUAACAUUGGUGUCUGUUUGGAUACUAAACAUGCAAUCAUGCUUUUACAAUUUAGUUUAAAUUGAGUUAUUUAAAACUAUACAAAGUGUCUGAUUUCAUAAAUAAGAAUUACUUUGCUCGAAUUGAUGAAUCACAGUGUUAGUGUUUUUGUUUAGGAUUAAUAUCAGUAAUAAAUAAAUAGUCAUUUAAUUAGUUUUUGCCAACUUUUGUUUGCCUCAAUUAAAUUAGUAUUUGUAUUAAUCCUUUUACAUAUCUUAUGUAACGUUCUUAUGAACUGGAAAGUCAGAAAGCCCAACUGCUUCAAUUGAAAUAGAUGGCUGGAGGACUUCCUAAACAUCUUCAGUAUGGACGAAGCUGCUUUCUCCCUGUUAUAUUUGGUUAAGCCAGACAACAGGCAUUUGGAUAAGAUAAGGGCUUUCCUGGACUCAAACCAUCUCGGCUGCCAAUAGAAAAUAUAAUAAUUAUAAUAAUAUUAAUGAAUAAAUAAAGAGAAAUAAGCUAUGAACAAACAGAAAAA